UUAACGCUGCCCGUAUCUCACGCGCUCCCCGCCCUGCGCAGCUUUAUCGCGCCGAGAUAACUCCGUCUUAACCAGGUUCCUUGUGCGCGAUACACACGCAUCCAGCUCUCUAUCUCCUCCUUUACAACCUUCGAUCCCUGGCAUUUACAUCGUUUUAAGGAAGUCCUAUAAUGCUGGUACCUGAAGCGCCUGCGGUCAGUGUCGGUGCCGGCUGCUGCUCGCCAUCAUGACCUGCUGUGACCAAAAAUGCGCUCUCAUCGCUGGAGCUGUGGUGGGCGCUCUGAUCGCGGUCCUGGGGGGCAUUCUCAUCCCCGUGGGCAACCUUCUCAUUGACAACACCGUGAAAAAGGAAGCAGUGUUGGAAAAUGGGACUUUAGCAUUUGAUACCUGGACAUCUGUGGACACGGUAAUAUACAGGCAGUUCUGGCUAUAUGAUGUGCAAAACCCCGAUGAUGUCAUGAAUCAAGGGGCCAAACCUGUACUGGUGCAGAAAGGACCUUAUACAUACAAGACCCGAUUCAUCCCCAAAGCAAACAUCACCUUCUACGAUAACUUCACAGCGUCCUUUAUACUACCAGCAGGAGCCAUUUUUGAGCCUAGCAUGUCUGUAGGGUCCGAGAACGACAAUAUCACGUCGCUCAAUCUAGCCGUAGCAGGUGUCUACAGUUUUCUCGAUCAUAAAUUGGCAAAUUUGUUCAUUAACGCCUCCAAUUCCAAACUCUUCCAAAAAAGGACCGUUAGGGAACUGCUAUGGGGCUACAGAGACCCCAUGCUGAACAGCAUUCUGGGAGUUUUUUAUCCGUACAAUGGCACCACCGAUGGACCUUACACUGUUUUCACUGGCAAAGAUGAUAUUACUAAGGUAGCCACGAUUGACCGCUGGCAGUAUGAGCGAUCUGUGAGUUACUGGAAUGACACUUAUUGCAACAUGAUCAACGGAACAGAUGGUUCCUCCUUCUCUCCAUCCAUAGACAAGAAAAAACCUUUGUACUUCUUCUCCCCAGACAUCUGCAGGUCGAUAUCUGCAGUGUAUGACAGCACUGUGGACCUAAAGGGAAUUGAUGUGUAUCGGUUCACGCUGCCUUCUGAGGCUCUGGAAUCUCCAGCCGUUAACCCAGAGAACCAUUGCUUCUGCACAGAGACUGUGAUCAGCAAAAACUGCACUGUAGCGGGACUGCUUGACCUCACUUCCUGUAGAGGAAUCCCUGUAUACAUAUCUCUACCCCACUUCUUGUAUGGAAGUGAAGUUCUCUUGCAGGGGGUGGAAGGAUUAAACCCAAACGUUGAUGAGCACUCCAUAUUUCUGGACGUAGAACCGAUUACAGGAUUCACUCUGAGAUUUGCCAAAAGGCUUCAACUCAACAUGAUGUAUGGCCCAUCGGAUAGCAUUGUGAUACUGAACAAAAUCAAGGACUACACAAUUUUCCCUAUUUUGUGGGUGAACGAGACGGCGGCUCUGGACGAUGAAACGGCAGACCUGUUUAAGGGACAGUUGCUCUCCCGGCUCGAGAUGUUAGAAGGGAUUCAGAUCGGAUUGAUAUCGGCAGGCUCGGCCAUAUUUUUAAUCUGUUUGAUUGCGGCGAUUGUAGUGAGCAAGAAGAAAAAGGCGAAAAGCAAAACCCCUUUUCAGGGUUAACUGAAGUGCUUGGUGCUUCGUGUCUUUGAUUUUAUAUUACAAUAUAUUACACACUUUUUUGGUAAUAUAUUGUAACUACUAUUUGAGCAUUUCUAAUUAUGUAAUUUAUAUACUCUUUUGUGGAGCAAAAUGAUUUCCUGUAUUUUCUUGAUAUUGUAUUAAGUCUAAAUUUUCGAUAUUGGGCAAAAAUACAACUGUUCUGUGGUCUUAAUGUGGUUCAUUUAAAUAUGAAAUCAUUUGUAUGUCAGGUUAAUAUUUUGAUUUGACGGAUGUUUUGGAGAACGAUUUUCACAAUCUUUGCAUAGCUGGUGUUGCUAUACACAUGACAGAUCUACAAAUACGUGUACGAACAACCAGCAGGCUGAAGAACAGAGAGACACAAACAGGACCAGAUUUCUCUAUAAAACCUUGUAAAUAUGAGCGCAGGGGCUUGUUUAAUAUGACAGCAGAUCUGGGAUCUGUCCGCGCCUGCUUUAUGAAUUACAAAUUGUUGUAGGUCAGUUCUCUCCGCUACUCUUCGCCUCUAGUUUGACCAGUUUUUUUCUGCUUAAGACCAAAUGAAACAUGAUAAGUUUUAGCUUUGAACUGAAGGCUUGGCAGCAGAUUCUGAGAUAUUGUGAGUCCAUCUUUGUCAAAUUCUCUAUGAAGCCAUAUUCAAAAUGUAGCAUUAGGUAUUUUAAAGUGAUAGUUCACCCAAAAAUGAAAAUUCUGUCGUCAAUUACUCACCCUUUCGUCAUUUCAAACCUGUAUGACUUUCUUUCUUCGGCAGAACACAAAAGAAAAUAUUUUGAAAAAUGUUGGUAACCAAAAACCGUUGGUCCCCAUUGACUUUGCAUUGGUUUUGUGUCCAUACAAUGGAAGUAAAUGGGAAUAUUUUUCAAAAUAUCUUCAUACAGGUUUGAAAUGACAGAAGGGUGAGUAAAUGACGACAAAUUUUUCAUUUUGUGUGAACUAUCCCUUUAAAUGCAUUAUAAUACACCUUACAAUCUUAUGCUGUUGAAAAAAUUGUAACCGCAGUAACACAUUAAAAUACUCAUGUAUUUGAGUAUUUUAUAUGAAGAAAUCAUAAAUAAGUACAAUAAUCUAGGAUUGUAAAGUCACAAAUGUAUACUUUUAUAACACAUUACAUAUUGUAUAUAUAAUCCAAAUCUUGUAUAAACAGGCCUUACAUAUAAUGAUAUUAUUUAAAGUGUUUUGGAUUGUGAAUGGUUUAUAGUCGGCCAUGAUGAAACAGUCCAAAAAUAGCUUUGAAAUGAUUUUUGAUGUAAUGGAGAAAAUAGUUUGUGUUAUAUAAAUCAAAUUCAUUUUAUUGAAGAAGUUGUAUUAUUAGAAUAACUAGACCACCAGAAAAGGUGAAUGAAUAAAAAGUUGUGUACUAUAUUGAUAGUCCAAAUAAUUUUGUCUCUCUCAU